UUCCUGCCCGCGGGGUUCCCGACGACGGUGACGCCCGGCUACGGCACCUACGCGGCGCUGCAGUUCGCGGCCUACGCGUGCAGCUCCGCGUGCGGCGUCUUGAGCACGCGCGUGCUGCUCGCGGCCGUCGGCGUCGGCGACGGCGCGGCGGCGCCGCUGGCGGCGGCGGCGAACUGGGCCAUCAAGGACGGCCUGGGCAUGCUCGGCGGCGUCGCCUUCGCCGCGACGUGGUCCAACUCGCUCGACGCGCGGCCGCGGCAGUGGCGGCUCCGGUCGAGCGCGGCGUUGGAUUUGGCGUCGCUCGUGGAGCUCGCGGCGCUGCCGGCCUUCCCCCAGUACUUCGUGCCCAUCGCGGGCCUGGCCAACGUGGCCAAGAACGUGUCCUACCUCGCGGCGAGCGCGAGCCGCGCGGCGAUCCACCAGUCGCUGUCCGCGCGGAGCGACGCGUCGAAUCUCGCGGAUCUCACGGCGAAGACGGGCUCGCAGACCAUCGUCGCGUCGCUCUGCGGCCUGGCGCUGGGCGUCGCGGCGUCCAACGCCUGCGGCGCCGAGGCGUCGGACGUCUGGCCCGCCUGGGCGGCGCUGUCCGCGUGCCACCUCGGCUGCACGUACGCGUCGUUGAAGUACGUGAACACGACGACGCUCGACGACGCGCGGCUCGCGGCGUUGGUCGACGCCUUCCGGGAGACGGGCGCCUGCCCGACGCCCGCCGACGUGUCGGAGCGCGAGUCGCUCUUCCUUGAC